AUGUCUACCUUUAAGCUUCCUACACUUCGUAAAGCUACUGAUCCAUGGGGGCCUACUGAUACUAUUGAGACUGAGGAGGAUAUUCCUUAUACACCGUUUAGCAAAAGUGAUAGACUAGGCAAAACAGCAGAUUGGACAUUAGAUCCUUUAAGAGAUGGACGUGAACAGAGACAGCGGCAAUAUGGACGAUAUAAAGAACAAUAUCAAGUCUAUGGCUCAGGCGUAGCAUCUAUUUUUGCGUAUCAACAUUCUGAAGAUGAAAGUACUUUUUCUGUUGUAGAUAAUCGAACAGGAACAAAGACGCGCCUUGGUAGUCGAUCAGGAGCCUUGCUUCGUGGACGUGGAAGGGGAAAUUUGGUUCGAGGGUCUGGACGAGGGAAUUACUUUAUUAGAACGGUUUCAAGAGGGUAUCAAGAUGCAAAUAGAAAUGUUCGUAAUGGAUUUCAGAUUUCUAGAGGAUUAAAGAAGUUUGGAUGGAAGGAAUAUGAUAAACCUCAACGCCUUCGAGAUGCCAGUGUAACAGUUAAACAUGACUGGCAAUUAUUGGAAGAAAUUGAAUUUAGUCGAUUAGCUAAACUGAGUUUUGAGGUAAACAAUGGUAUAGAUUUGGAGACAUAUGGAUUUUUGCGUUAUUAUGAUAAAUCUUAUGAUAAAAUUUCAACAAAGGCAGAACGUCUUCUUCAAGUAAUUGAUGGGGUUCAUUAUAAUCCUACGACAACGGAUGAUCCUGUGAUCCAAAAACUAGCUAUGAAUAAUGAAGCCAAAGUAUUUAUUAUUGAUUCUAUACUUAGUCUUCUUAUGUGUGCUACACGUUCUGUUUAUUCUUGGGAUAUUAUUGUUAUUCGUGAAAGCGAUAAAUUAUUUUUUGAUAAAAGAGAGGGGGGUCCAUUUGAUUAUGUAACAGUUAAUGAAAAUGCUGCUGAUCCUCCAAUGGAGCCGUCCGAAGGUCAAAAAGAAACAAUAAAUACACCUGGUCAAUUAUCUUUAGAAGCGACAUAUAUCAAUCAAAACUUUUCACAACAAGCUCUAAAAGAUCCAGAUUCUGAAAAAUAUUUAUUUUCUAACCCUAAUCCAUUUUACAACCCAGAAGAAGAAACAGAAAGUCUUGCACCUCGUGGAUAUAAAUAUAGGAAGUUUAAUUUAGGAAUGUUUGGAGAUGAACCUAUUACUCUUAUUUGUCGUACAGAAGUAGAUGCUAUCGUAAAAAAUCCGUCUGGAGAAGAUUUUUUCUGUUCAAUUAAAGCUCUUAAUGAAUUUGAUCCUAGAGCGCAGGGCGCUGGAGGUGCAUUGGAUUGGAGAUCCAAACUUGAUAGUCAACGAGGAGCUGUUGUUGCUACUGAAAUGAAAAAUAAUAGUUGCAAACUUGCUCGAUGGGCAAUACAAUCUAUUUUAGCUGGAUCUCAACUAAUGAAGCUUGGAUACGUAAGCCGAGCAAAUCCACGAGAUGUUCAACGACAUGUAAUUUUAGGUGUAGCGGGAUAUAAACCCAAGGAAUUUGUUUCGCAAAUGAAUCUAAGUCUUUCUAAUGCGUGGGGAAUCGUACGUACUAUUGUCGAUUUAUGUUUAGGAUUGUCCGAAGGAAAAUAUGUUCUUGUUAAGGACCCGAAUAAAAGCAUUAUUCGUUUAUAUAGUGUUCCAUCGUCAACAUUCGAAGAAUCCAAUGAUCCUAAUUUAGAAGAUCUACUUACUUUUGAAAAUGGAAAUGAUGAGUAAAAUCUUAUAAGUAACUAUAAUAGAAUUAAAUUACUUUUAUUUUAAUGAAAAUUAUUAUACAUUUUAAUAUUUUUUUAAAUAUUUUUAU